AUGGUCCCCCGAACAGAUUUCCCCCCAAUCCGCGCCUGUCUCUUCGACAUGGACGGACUCCUCCUCGACUCCGAAGACAAAUAUACCCUCGUAACCAACACCCUCCUCAAAAAAUACAAUAAGCCCUCCAUUCCCUGGUCCAUAAAAGCACAAAUGCAAGGACGUCCUGCCGCUUCUGCCACCGCCAUUUUCUUUUCCUGGGCCAACCUCCCUAUCUCCAAUGAACAAUACAUCGAAGAACAAGAAUCAUUAAAAAAGGAAUUGUUUCAAACAUGUAUGCCAUUACCUGGAGUAGAGAUACUUUUAAGGGAAUUGGAGAAUGCGAGGACGAGAGGGAAGGAGGAGAGGAAGUUACAUAUUGCCCUGGCGACUAGUAGUCAUAGGGAGAUGUACGAUGUGAAAACUACGAAUCAUGUAACGCUUUUCGAGACAUUCCCAACGCAUCGAAAAGUCCUAGGGGAUGACCCGCGGAUUGGACCUGGACGGGGUAAACCUGCUCCGGAUAUUUAUCUACUAGCAUUGGAAACUAUAAAUUUGAGUUUAGAAAAAGGGGAAGAGCCUGUCAAACCGGAAGAAUGUCUUGUGUUUGAAGAUUCGGUGCCGGGUGUAGAGAGUGGGAGGAGAGCGGGAAUGAGAGUGAUUUGGUGUCCGCAUCCGGAGUUAAAGGGAGAAUUUAUUGGAAGGGAGGGAGAGGUUUUAGCGGGGUCGACGGGAGAAGGAGGGGUUUUGAAGGAAGAUGGUGUUGUGGGGACAGUGGGAGAUGGAUGGGCUGAUUAUUUGGAGACUUUAGAAAGUUUCCCGUAUGAGAGGUAUGGGAUUUUGGUCAACUAA